AAAUGACACGUGUACAUUGUUCAAAAUGCGCUGUGAUUAGUGUAAAUUCUGGAAGUGUAGAUCUAAUGAUAACCUAUAUUAGAAAUUAGACACCACCUUUCCAGGUAAACAUGACCAAUGAGUGCUGUAUCCCCAACUGCAGCAAUGGACAAAAAGGCAGUCCAGUAAAACAUACACUGUUCUGGGUUCCUAAAGAUUAUCAGCAGAGGAAGAAAUGGGAAAAUAUCAUACCGAGGAAAGGCCAGUUGAAACAAACACACAGGGUGUGUGCUCUGCACUUCCACGAUCAAGAUAUUAUAAAAGGGAAAACGGUUAUCAUCAACGGCAAAAAAGAUUUUUACCAGUGCCACCCAAUGCAAUGGAAAUUAAGAGAAGGUGCAAUUCCAAGAAUAUUCCCUGUGUCAACGUUCGACUACAUUUCGCAAUCAUCUCCGAGAUAUCAUAAUAUUCCGACGAAAUCUCCUCCACCUACAACACCACAAAGCGCUGGGCGUAGGUCUACUCGUUCCACUGCAGAAGAUGACGCCGGUAGUUCAAAACGAAUAAGAAUCUAUUCGUAUGACUUUGAAAAUAACUUGUCCGGUCGACUGCCGGAAUAUGAAGAAUCUGAUCCAGAAACAAGUGGGUCCUCGUUUUCUUCCGAUUAUUCCGACUGGACAGCCGAAACUUCAGAAGCACUUUUGGCAUCUAUCCCGACGAAACAUUCUAAGAAAGGGCUUCCUCAUUCUUUUCUCGUGAAUAGUGAUUUGAACCUUACGGUUCCGGAGAUAUUGCGACCUUCUGAUAUGAGGACUCCGGUAGUUCCGUGCAGAGCCCCUUACUAUCCUCAAAUGGGGGACGAGGUUAUUUAUUUUAGACAAGGCCACGAACUUUACGCCGAUGCCAUCAAUCAGAAAAAGCUCUUGGAUCUUCAUUCUUCUCUUCCUUGGGCCAAUGAACAAGAGGUGGUUAAAAUCAUUGGCAUCAAGUUCGACAUAAAGCCACCCAAUCGACUCUAUUGCUUAAAGCUCCAGCUGCUUGGAAGUGGAUCGGGACAAGAAACAAAGUCAGAAAUAUUAAAUGGUUCAUCUUUUACCGUAAAAUACCACCACGUCGACGGAGUGCCGGAUUUCUUGGUUCUAAAGCAACAUUAUGAUUCAGCUAUUCUACGCAAUUGGCAGCCCGGUGAGCGAUUCCACUGCCUGAAAAAGGAUUCGUGGCGCGAAGGCCAUAUAGAGCAACGCGAACCAUUUAGCGCCCAUUGUCCAAAUUCAGUAUUUCUCUGCUACUGCGUCAGAUGGGAAAAUGGCGAAGUUGAACGAUUGAGCCCGUGGGAUUUACACGAAAUAAAAAAGAAACCAAGAGGCAGGCCCAAGUCCGUCACCAAGAACACUGUACCUACCGAGGAUGCCAGCGUUUUGUACAAACCGCAAAUCGAAGAUUGGCCUCCAGAAGGUAACCGUGACUGUGAAUGCGAUCGCAUCUCGGCCGGCAUAAGCAAAAUUAUGAACCUGUCCGCUGCGAAACAUUUCGCUGCUCCAGUCGACCUUGAUCGUUACCCUUUAUACGUCUUCGUCAUUAAAUAUCCACCCAUGGAUCUCUCGACCAUAAAAGCUCGAUUAGACAACCGAUUUUAUCGGCGUCUAACAGCUGUCCAGUACGACGUUCGCUCCAUCUGCUCCAACGCCUUUAAGUUUAACGUACCAAAAUCGGACAUAGUGCGCAAUGCUUCCAUUGUGGCAGAUUUAUGUUUGGAGAUGAUUCGGAAUCGUGAUUCUGCUGACGUCAUCACAACCGUCUAUCAACAGCUCGUUGAAAAGUAUGCAACCCGAAAUGAAGAAUUAGUCGUCGAAAGUGCCAUAGUCUCCAACGAUGAAUAUCAGAAACAUGACCAAACACAGGCCACCGUCAUUUGUUCCAAGAAUCGCCUUGACUCGCAUUCCAACUUGGAAGAAGAAAUUUUACAUGAAAACAGGACCUCCAAAACACAAGAGAAAAAAAUGUCAGCGUCCAUACCAAAUGCGGAAGGAGUGCAAGUCACGCCUAGUUCGAUAGAGGAAACUCAGUCUAGCGCCUCCAGUCCUUCAGCCAAGAACAAACCGAAUCCUGUAGAAAAUUCAAACUUUUGCGCAUCUUGUUCCGCAUUUCCUAGGAUUUCUUGCGCUUGUGCGAUCGAUGUCUCCGCGGAAGACAAGACCCAACUUUUGAAUGAAAAACAGCAAUUAGACCUCGAUGUUGAUAAUCGUUUCCGGACACUAAUGACGACUAUAGAACCCGAACUGCGCAAAGAAAAGAAGCUCCUGGCGGAACAAAAGCAAAAAAUUAUCGCCCUCCGUGCCGCGCUGUCACUACAACGUCACGAAGAGACAAACAGAUCCGAAAAUCAGUGGCCUGAAGUAAUAAAACUGGCGCGUCUAAUAGAAGAAAGAGAAAAGAUUCAUGGCCAAGUAGUACUUCAUGAAAACCAAAAACUGACGCAGGAGAUGGCUUUCUUGGAGCAACAAAUUAAUGCUAAAAAACUUCAAAUGGAACUGAAUUUGCUCGACGUCGAUUUAAAUCCACAGCAAUUUCGGUCAAUCGAAAAAAAGCUGCAAGAUAGCAAACAGCAAGCAAGGCAGAUGGAAUUUAAUUUAAAACCAGCCAAUGACGAGCUGUCACGACUGGAACAAAAAGAAAAAGAUAUCGAUCGUCAAAUUUCUGAAUUGAAAUCCAGCAUCAACAAUCUGUUGGCUACCAUGGAAGUUAUGGCAAGCUCAAUACAAAACCAAAUAACGAACUUGGAUACGAAGAAGAAAGAUAUUGUUUGCAACCUCAAAGAACGCAUCCAUGCCAGUAGGAUGGUGGAAUCGAAAUUAAUCAAAAUCUCUUAUCAGGAAGCUAUUAUCGUUAGCCAAAAAAAAGCGGAAGGAAAACUUAACAAAUUGGACCGACUCGUUGACGGUCUACUUGAACUCAAUGAUACCAUAGAGUGAACCUUAAAGAAUAUGUACCUCGUGUUGAUUCUACCUCGUUAGGACUAGUAUUUAAUAUUUGAAAAACUAGUGCAACCUCCCAUUUCCGGUUGAUUUUUGGAGCUGAUUAUUGUUUUUCUGUCAGUUGCCGCCCUUUUUUUACAUUUCUUAAUUCAAACAU